GGGUAGACAUCCCGACACUAAGUAAUUGCCACAAAUGUAACGGGCAAAUUUUAUCGGUUCCACUUCGAGCAUUCACGAUACUCUCCUGUGGACAUAUUCUUCAUCAAACUUGUAUCCACGAAAUUAUCAUGGGAACCGAAGCAAAAUGUCCGGUAUGUAAACUGCGCAUCGAAAUUAUCCAGAAGGAAGACGGCAGUGAAGUCUAUCAACGAACGCAAUCAAAUACUAUGAUAAUACCAGACGAUCAGACUCCACCACCUACUGCACCCAUACAAAGCCAGUCAAAUCGAACCAACGAUGAGCAAGACCGAGAACCAGCACCUCCGAAUAAAGUACAAGGUUUGAUAACCGAACUAUCCACACCCACUAAAGGUGAAUCUGACGAAGCCGAUGAGAAUGAGUUAUCUGAUGGAUCAUUAUCCCAAGGUUUGGCCCGGUUAUACCAAAAAGCGAUCAAAGCAGAGAAACGCGUGACUUAUGCAUAUCAAGGGGAAAUUUGGUGUUGGUAUUACUAUGUGGAAAGGUUUGAAAAACGGGUUAAAGAAAUUACGAACAGUGACAAUAGAAUUGGUGAUAGACAGGCAAGGUCUCAGUUGUUCACGCAAACGUGA